AUGACUACCGACGCACCCGGUCUAUCUGCCAAGAGUAUUGAGCGUGCUCCCUCUCUCGCUCCAGAAGUUUGCGAGAACGCAGCAUCUCAGACAGAUGCAGCCACAUCACUCAAUCAGCUCGACGCGACGACUGGCCGUCGAGCAACCGCAACCACCUCCCACGCCAAUUCUGCCCUCGCGCCUUCUGCCUUUCGACCCCAAGACGGAGAUUCACCUUCGAUCCGCGCUUCCAAUCGACAGUCGAGAACAAUUCAGGAUCUUACAGACGAUGAAUUGCAGGAUUUGAGAGCUGUUCAGAGGACCUUUGUGAGUAUUCUUGUACUCACUUUGUGAUGCAGGCGGGGAGAGUGCGUUUGAAGAGUUCGAUGUUGGGAUGGGGAAAAGGGUGCAGGUGCUAGCUGGGUGCGCGGCUACCCCGAUCAAACCAGUUCCGAGCGCCUCUCAUUGACAAUGCGUCGCCUCCCUCCACCAUCUCGUCUUGCGGGGCUCGCACAGGACGGAGCUUACAUGCGCACAGCACUAGGAGAACUAGUAUUCGCGCUCGUCAUAUUGCGUCUCUUCCAGACACGCUUCUACUACAUCGGGUGAGUCACCCCUGACAGUCGCGAAGUCGAACCGGUCUUGUGGCACGCGCACAUGCUGUCAGAGAUUUCGUGCUCACCCACGACGACGUCUGGCGAUUACCUACAGCGUGGCGUACACCACACUAGCGCUCAUCUUUGUCGGCGCUGCAGCUUACAGAUUCAACUUGGCACUUCAGAAUGAGAAGUUCGACAACGUAGAAAUGGGCAGCAGUUCCUUCUCGCAGUUCGCAGGAGCUGGAUGCUCCCGCGCUGAAACGACGAGCAAUGCGAGAGACGUAUCAGGUCCUUCAAGUAGCACGGCUACCAUCACGCCAGCCAGACCCGCGAUGGAGGAUAGAUUCCCACCUACGCCUUCGCUCGAACGCUCCCAAUCUUUUGCUGGCAUUCAGAUUCCUGAUCAGACGGCAGAAGGGAUCAGAACGGUGAAUGCAGCUCGGACACCUGCAGACGCUCCACUCGUCGUCUCGCCCAUUUUCAGCACGGCAGGAGGCGUAGUCGCUUUCGUCACCGUUCUAGUACUCGCCAUCUACGUUGCCCUCUUUUCUCUCAUUCUGGAAAUGGCGUGACGAACACUGCUGGAUCGAGGAUGCUGUGCGAUAUGCGAGCUCAUCAUGGUGCAACAAGACAUGCGCAAGGGAGUCGCUUCUUUGA